GUGGCGGCGAGGGCAACGUCGCAUGUGCACGAGCGAGUGGUGGAGACGUUGAAGGACAUGAUCCGCAGUGGCGCCUUCCCCGGGCUGCACUCGGUGCGCUGCGAGGUGCUGCUGGAGCCCGAGAUGAUGAGUGUGGACAUCAUUGCGCACAUGACCGUCGCACCCCGCCAGGAGCCACACCCCACUGGUCACAUGGCGGCGGGCCGGCAGGAGUCAGGGGCAUACCUGGGUGCUACCGCCAGCAGCGGCAGCAGCAGCAGCGGGGCAGUCGUUGCGGAGUUGACUGGCAGGGCGGUUGGAGCUGAGGGUGCUGGCAAGGAGGGGGAGCAGCAGG